GGACCUGUGCGCAAAGCCCUGUGCAAUGAAUCUCUGUCAGUGGCUGUGAGGAGGGCGGAUCUGCUGCACUGGGGCUGCACUGGGGCUGCACUGGGUCACUACAAAGCAAGUGGCCGGAGAGGCAGAUUCCUCAGAAGGAGCCGACCCCUCGGAUAUAAAGUAUCGUCGCUGUUUGAGAUCGCGUUUUGUUGGCCGGCGGGGAAGCUGCGCUAGAAGUUACCUGCAAUUAGCGCCUCUUAGCGCCCCUCCCUGCAUGGGAACCCGCAAAGCCUUCAGGUGCCUCUGCCCGGGGUCCCGCUGGAGUGAGGGGUGACCCCAACAUUAGGAACAAUUGGGAGCUGCCAUGUUGAUCACUGUAAGGAUUUAUCAUGGUGAACCCCUUUCCCCCAAUCUCACAGAAGGCUGCAAGGGUCAAAGAGCAGUGGGACAGUCACAGUGCCAGGAGCAGCGCUAUACAUGGGAAUCCAACCAGUGUCGCCAUCCAGUGGAGGAGUAAGGGGAAACAGCACAGAGUCGUUGCACCACUGAGUUCUGCCUUGUUCUGCUGUCUGUCACAUAUACACGAGUCUACUCACACCUUCCCCUAUAGAUCUGCUGGUACUGUCACUGUGUGACUGCACCUCCCACCACCACCACCACCACAGUGACUAGUGCGAGACAUGCAGCCCUGAUAUGAACAUGUGAUCGCUGUCUCCCCAUUGAGAAACAUGGAGAAUGUGACUUUGGGGUCUGCGGCGAGUAAUUCCUGCACGUUCCACGAGGAGUUCAAGCAGAUUCUGCUCCCGGUGGUCUAUUCCGUCGUCCUGCUCUUUGGGCUCCCGUUGAACUUUAUUGUUAUCCUGCAGAUCUGCCUGUCCCGGAAAGCGCUGACCCGUACGGCCAUUUACACCCUGAACCUGGCGGUGGCCGACCUGCUCUACGUGUGCUCCCUGCCGCUGCUCAUAUAUAACUACAUCCAACAGGACUACUGGCCCUUCGGGGAUUUCACCUGCCGGUUCGUCCGCUUCCAGUUCUACACCAACCUGCACGGCAGCAUCAUGUUCCUCACCUGUAUGAGUUUCCAGAGGUACAUGGGCAUCUGCCACCCUCUGUCCGUUUGGCACAAAAAGAGGGGCAAGAAGUUCACUUGGGUGCUGUGUGGCAUCGUGUGGCUAGUGGUGGGCAUACAGUGCGGGCCAACCUUCAUAUUCGCCUCUACUGGGACCCAGCGGAACCGGACAGUGUGCUACGACCUGAGCCCGCCGGCCCUGUCCGACCAGUAUUUCCCCUACGGAAUCACAUUGACUGUCACAGGGUUCCUCAUCCCCUUUAUCGCCAUUCUGGCCUGUUAUUGCCGGAUGACCAAGAUCCUGUGCCAGAAGGACGACCUCAACGGCGCGGCGGUGCGGCAGAAGAAGGACAAAGCCAUCCGUAUGAUCAUCAUCGUGGUCAUGGUCUUUGCCGUCAGCUUCUUCCCCUUCCACGUCACCAAAACCAUUUACCUGGUGGUGCGUUCCCAUUACGACGUGCCCUGCCUGGUGCUGCAGACUUUCGCCAUCGUGUACAAGUGCACCCGGCCCUUCGCCAGCAUGAACAGCGUCCUGGACCCCAUCCUCUUCUACUUCACCCAGCAGAAGUUCCGCCAGAGCACCAAGGUCUUGGUCCAGAGAGUCACCUCCAAGUGGAAGUCGACCUCCUGCGAGAAAACCAGUGGGUGACAUGGAGCUGCUGAUUCUCCCUACCCAUGCCCACCCAUACCCACCCAUGCCCACCCAUACCCAUCCAUACCCACCCAUACCCA